AUGUUCGAAACCGUGGCACUUCCGGCGAAUCUCCAGCCUCAAUCAACUCUUGUCAACUUACCUGCUGAGAUCAAGCAUCAGAUCUUCAAAGCAUGCUUGACAUUCGACGACGUUAUUUCGGAUCCAACAGUCCGUGGUGGGACUCAGAGGAGACCAGUCCAGUCCUUUAAUGUCGCUAUAUUGCAGACAUGCCAGCGACUGUAUCAUGAAAUCGAUCGCCGCCCUCUCUUCUCCCAGAACACUUUCCGUUUCACAAGCGUGGAAACAGCACGGUCAUUCCUGAAAACCUUGGACGAUCGCUACCGCGAAAGUGUGCAUGACAUCGAAAUCGACAUUUGUAAAGUCGACAGCAGUCUUGCACGCGACUGGCUACGAUAUCUCGCCUGGGGGAACGGACCGUGGGACUCAACAUCUUGCUCCCUGCACAUGGACGCCCCAAAUCUGAAGACGCUGCGUCUGAAUUUCGAAUCAUGGCCCAGAGUCUCCAUGUUCCGAACAGAGCUUUGGAUUCUGCUUAGGCAGAUGAUGGCCACUGUUCGAAGAUUGGAAAGAAUCAUGGUAGUCGGAGCUAGCAAAGGGCAAGCGAUGGCGAGAAGAGAUCCAUGGUCACCAGCUCACUUUGUCGGAGCGACCGAUGUCGACUUUGAUGACCUCGUCCCAUGCAUGUGGAAAUGUGUCGAAGCGCCAGCUAAUGACAAGAUCAUUCGGUGGGGCCGAAAGGAUGGUAGACUGUCUCUUGAAGUCGUCUCCAAGAACCAUCUCCUAAGACACGUCGACAGAGCAUGGCAUUCGCCUUCUGUCCGAAGCCAAGGCGAAGGAUGCUGGCCAGAGAACGGCUCGUCUGCAUCCCAGUACUACGCCUGCGAGGAAAGCUACUCGGCCACCACCUGUCAAAGUGACGAACAAGCCGCCCCAUGCAGCCAUGGUCAGCAAGACAGUGAGGGCAAGAUGGCUGGACCGGGAGUGGAUGAGCAGUUGCCUACGAAAUAUGGGAAAGAGCCCGAAGAUUUCGAUUGA